GAACGCUGGGAAGAGACGAAACAAGUUGAGAUAACUUUAACGAAAAUCCAGCGGGUGGGUCUGAGGAUAGUUUUCGUUGGGUGACGAAGUCGACGUUUCAUAGCUCCUAAGUGUUAUUGUGGAAAAUGGCUAAGAAGACUUAUGAUUUGUUAUUUAAACUCCUUUUAAUAGGUGAUUCUGGUGUUGGAAAGACAUGUAUACUCUUCAGAUUUUCAGAUGACGCUUUCAAUACCACCUUUAUAUCCACAAUAGGUAUUGACUUCAAAAUCAAAACCAUUGAGUUGAGAGGGAAGAAAAUAAAAUUACAAAUAUGGGAUACAGCAGGGCAAGAGAGAUUUCACACAAUCACCACAUCAUACUACAGAGGGGCUAUGGGAAUUAUGUUGGUUUAUGACAUAACGAAUUCCAAAUCAUUUGACAAUAUAGCCAAAUGGUUAAGAAAUAUAGAUGAGCAUGCAAAUGAAGAUGUAGAAAAGAUGAUACUUGGGAACAAAUGUGACAUGGAGGACAAGAGAGUUAUUCCAAAGGAGAAAGGAGAAGCGAUUGCUAGAGAACAUGGUAUUCGAUUUUUGGAAACUUCUGCAAAGGCCAACAUUAACAUUGAACAAGCUUUCUUAGAACUUGCUGAAGCUAUACUGAACAAGACACCAGGAAGAGACCCACAGGAAAACCCAGAAAGUGUAGUUCGCCCUGACAGGAGGAAUGAUCGAGGUGCAGCCCGACAAUGCUGUGCGUAGAGUUGAUGAGGAUUAAUAGUGCUAUGUAAAGGAGAAAAUGAAGCCUUAUAAUAGGACACCUGCAUAAGAUCCUGGUAGAUGGCUCCUAUGCUGGUUUUCUCAUCCAGAGGCACUCUUAACAGACUCCUCCUACUU